UCGUGUAACCGCAUCCAUAUGGUUCCAGUCUGGAUGUGGAAACAGAAAUCUGUGCAGAAAUAACAGCUGGGGAAGCGUCUCUUCUCCCGGCGAACUCUUCUUCUUCGGUUGUUUGAUUUGAAGCCCUGCCUGCAGCAGGUUUAGCAGCUAAUCAGGCUACAAUGAGCUCCUGAAGCGGGGGUCGAGCAUGGCCGCAGACGUGGAUAAAAGCACCCCGGAGAGAGAACGCAGCAGCGGGCGCAGUGGGCAGAGGAGUCCGGGAUGUGGAGCCUGGUUCCGCGGAUGGAUGUGGUCCCUGCUGGCGGUCCUCGCGGUUCCUCUGGCUGGACUUGGGAUAAAAUACUACCAGAACUCCCAGCUUCUCAAGCGUCAUGAAGAGGCGGUUCAGACUCUGGGAGUCGAAGGCUUGUUCCUCUUCUCCUCUCUGGACACGGACCACGACCUCUACCUGAGCGCUGAGGAGUUCAGACCCAUCGCAGAGAAGCUCACAGGGAUCACAGCGUCGGUGGAUCUGGAAGAGGAUGUGAUUGACGACCCAAACGGGGAGACUCUGGUUCUGGAGGCCAGCAUGAAGCCCCUGCUGCUGGACUCCAUGACAAAAAGCCGCGACGGCUUUCUCGGGGUUUCUCACAGCUCGCUGAGCGGCCUCCGCUCCUGGACGCACCCUGUCGUUCCCUCCUCCUCGUUCCCCGCCGGACACUUCCGGGUGUUUCUGCCCCCAAAGGGCAAAACGGAGCCGGGAGACGCAUGGUGGGUGAUUCCCAGCGAACUCAACAUCUUCACUGGCUACCUGCCCAACAACCGGUACCACCCUCCCACCCCAAAGGGCAAAGAGGUUCUGAUCCACUCCCUGCUGAGCAUGUUCCACCCGCGGCCUUUCGUCAAGUCGAGGUUUGCACCGCAGGGAACCGUCGCUUGCAUCAGAGCCAGCAGCGACUUUUACUAUGACAUCGUCUUCAGGAUUCACGCAGAGUUUCAGCUCAAUGAUGUUCCAAACUUUCCCUUCUGGUUCACCCCGGGUCAGUUCACCGGAAACAUCGUCAUCUCGAAGGACGCCUCCCACGUCCGUCACUUCCGCCUUUAUGUCCCCAGUAACAGGUCUCUGAACGUGGACAUGGAGUGGCUGUAUGGCGCCAGCGAGAGCAGCAACAUGGAGGUGGACAUCGGUUACCUGCCACAGUUGGAACUGCGGUCUGCGGGCCCCUCCACUCCCUCUGUCAUUGUGGAUGAGGAUGGAAACGUCAUCGACAGCCGGGACGGACGCAGCGAACCGAUCCAGUUCGUCUUUGAGGAAAUUCGCUGGACCUCAGCGAUCAGUCAGGAGGAAGCUUCCUACCGCCUGGAGGUCACUUUCUACCCGUUUAAGAAGGUCCCCUACUUGCCUUUUGCAGAGGCUUUUGAACGAGCAGAAUCAGAGAAGAAGCUGGUCCAUUCGAUUCUGCUCUGGGGAGCUUUAGAUGAUCAGUCCUGCUGAGGUUCGGGGCGAACUCUCCGGGAGACGGUCCUGGAAAGUUCGCCCGUCCUCGCUCUGCUCAACCAGAGCUUCAUCAGCAGCUGGUCUCUGGUCAAAGAGCUGGAGAACAUGCAGGCUGACAAGCAGAACCCUGCGCUGAGCGAAAAGGCCCAGUUACAUCUGGAGAAGUACAGCUUCCCAGUGGAGAUGUUGGUGGCGUUGCCCAAUGGAACCAUUGUCCACCACAUCAACGCUAACUACUUCCUCGACCAAACGGCAAUGAAACCAGAGGACGAAGGGGCAACUUUCAGCUUUUCUGGGGGGUUCGAGGACCCCUCCACAUCCACGUACAUCAACUUCCUGAAGGAGGGACUGAAGAAAGCAAAGGACUACGUAACCCAAUAAUAACUAUGUAUUUCACAGCAACUGGCAUUUAGAGAAGAUCUAUGAUCUGUCUGCAGCAGAAGUUUUUUUCCCACUUAAUUUUUAUUUACUUACACACUUUUUGUGCUAAAAUUAGGGCUGCAAAUUCAGUAAUCCAUCAGUUAUUCUGACAUAGGGCAGGACAAUAAUCAAUAACAACACAUUUCUUUGUAGAUCAAGAUAAACACAUAUUACAUUUGAUAAAAUGUUAAAUAAUUUCACUCAAACUCUCCUGGCUAGCUCAGCAAAGUUGGUGGAAUAUUCUAACUCACUCUUUAGUUACCUAGCAACAGCUUGUUGAGUAACUUAUAGUUACCUAGCAACAGCUUGUUGAGUAACUUAUGGUUACCUAGCAACAGCUUGUUGAGUAACUUAUGGUUACCUAGCAACAGCUUGUUGAGUAACUUAUGGUUACCUAGCAACAGCUUGUCCAGUAACUUAUGGUUACCUAGCAACAGCUUGUCCAGUAACUUAUGGUUACCUAGCAACAGCUUGUUGAGUAACUUAUGGUUACCUAGCAACAGCUUGUCCAGUAACUUAUGGUUACCUAGCAACAGCUUGUUGAGUAACUUAUGGUUACCUAGCAACAGCUUGUUGAGUAACUUGCACAGCAGCAGUUUAAAGUUUUGCCACAGUGACUCAUAACUGAUUAAAAAUAAAAAAAUUGGUAAAACAAGAAAAGUGCCAAAAGUUUGUUAGUAUUUCAGAUAUUUAAAACAAAAAAAAAAACAAAAACUGAUGUUGAUAUAAUCAGUUGAUAUUAUCAACAUCAGCUGAUAAAUUUUGUUUAGUUACUGAUGUGCACAAGUUCUUUUGUAUUUCUGUAUGCACCAGUUAACGAUUAAUUACUUAAUUCAUGGUUAUUUCAGAAAUUAAUCACAUUUGAUUAAUCCUAUUGAUUCAAUCGAUUAAUCAAUCUGAUGGAUUUUUCACUGUGCAGUCUAGUUAGCAAUUAAUCAGUUACUAAAUUGAUUAUUUCAGAUUGAUUAAUCAUGAUUAAUUGGUCCAGCCCUAGUUAAAGGACCUUUUUGCAGACAGUGGGUCUUUCUCGCGGCUCUGCCUGUGUGGUAUUGAAGCGUCUUCGCGUCCAGAGCUGCUCCUGCCGUGUUUUGUGCAUUUUGUGACGUCGUCGCCUGAAAGCUCUCCGAGCCGGGGGACGCCUGAUGUUGUUGCCGAUGCGGCUGGAGCAGCAAAACACUCAAACUCUGGCACAUAAAAUGUAGAUUUUCUUUUUUCGUUUAUUUUAUUAAAAAUGUGUAGUGUGCAGAUAUCAAUGUGAUCAGACCAAAGAGCAUUGUUUCAGGUUUAUUCCACUUGCUUCAUAUUUACAGGAGACAAAACUGAUGUUUUGAGUGCAAAGAUGUUUUGGGUAUAGAGCCUGUUUUACUGUGUUAGACAAACAUUUUUGUUUUCAUCUCAUGCCUCAGUUACUUCAUUAAUUUACAUUUGAAAAUAAAACAAGUUGGUUACUACAGACUUCCCAGAGCGAUAACCAGGUCAUUUCAGUUUCCUGUACAAAGCCUUUUGGAGAAACAAGUUCUUCCCUGAACUAUUGGUGCCAUUUUUCCAUAAUAAAUACACGUUUUUCUGUACAAA